CUAUUGGAAUGCAGAAGCCUACGUUCAAGUUCAAGUAUGUUUAUUGAGAUAAGCAAUAAAUACAUCUCAAAGGGAUAGAGUAGCUUAGGCUAUUUCUACCCCCCUCUACUUCAAGUCCCUCAAGGGGCGCACAAAUUCAAUACGGAUUCCAGAGAAAUAUGGCGCUUCUGAACCUUUACACACUGCAUGAGGAACUUCAAGCUAAGACUAGUAGCUCUGGGUGGAGAGUGGUUGGCUUGUCAGGAGCAACUGGUGGUGGGAAGACUACUCUAGCGAACCAAUUACUUGCGUCCCUCCCGACCACAACUCUUUAUCUGACCCAAGAUGAGUAUAUACUCCCUGACCACUCCAAUGCUCAUCUGAAAGCUCCUGAACCUCUAAAGGGUUAUAACAAAGAUUCUUUAGCUAGCAUCGACAUGACAAAGAUGAUUGCAGAUAUCAAGCAAAUUCUGGCAACAGAUGGAAGAGAUAUAAACUUUGUGGAUUAUGACGAGAUACAUAAUCGGAGUAAAAUUAUUGGAUCAGCAUUAAAUAUACCAAGACCGCCAUUUAUUGGACACAAGGAAAAGUCACAUCUUUCAUCAGUACUGCUUCUGGAUGGCUUUUUGUUGUUCAAUCAUCCUGAGGUGCCCCAGUUCUGUGAUCUCCUCUACUUUAUCACCCUAACUAAGGAACAAUGUUUGGAGAGGAGGAAGAUGAGGGUGUUCACCAAUGUCAGUAUGAACUCAGAACAGUACUUUGAACUGUGUGCCUGGCCUCAAUAUGAGCAACACUUCACCCAGAUGUGCAACACAGUUAACAACAUCCACUUUAUCAAUGGUGCUUCACAACCCCACAUCACAUACGAAAGGGUUUUUAAGGAUAUAAUGCAUAUGCUGGGUGGAGAUACCUGUUAAUAUGCAGCCAGUUCUCUAGCCUAAUAUGUUGCCUUUUUAUGGAAUCGACCAAUGCGUUAAAAGAAGCAACAUAUCAACAUUAAAGCACAAAUUAAUGUUUUACAGUCAUUUACCUUAAUAGAUUGAAGCCUAUGUUUUGUUUUGUACAUUUAUUGUAAGACAAAACUGUUGCAUUUAUUUUGCAUAGUGCCAAAUCAAGAGAAUAGGCUGCAAUAUAAGGAUUUGCUUUUAUACCUGUUUAAAUAUUAUGAGUUUACUGUACAGAGAUUACCAACUAAAUUAUUAAUGGUUGGGUAAACAAUACUGGUUGACGGCUGCAAGAAUGACAAAGAUGACCCAAAAAGAGAAUUUGAGUUACUUAAUAAAUUACAUAGGACUUAACCACUUUUUUAAGCUAUCUAAAGUUAUACCUAUGGGAAGACCAAACCUUAAAGUUAGCUUAGAAAACCAGAGAACAGAACAAGUAGGAACUGCUUCUGUAAAAGAACAAUAAACUUGUAUGUCUAUUUUGUAAAAUGACACAUUUAUCUAUCCUAACUUAACCCUUCCUCAUGUCUUUUUAAGCAAUAAUUUAUUAAAAAUAAGUUAAAAAAUAAUUAACACUGCAGCACAUAUUCAUGUAUGUUUAGGGAAUAAGUAUCUACCACUGAGAUUUCAUCUCUAUACAAAACUGUACGUAAUCUUCAUUUCUCAUAUUAAUACAGCCUUAUUAUAGGAAAAUUCAGGUAAAUUACUCAAUUUUUAAAAUAUAAUAUACAUGCUGGUC